AUGCUUGAGAGCCCUGGCGAGUCGCCCGCGCACACCGACGGAGCUGCCGCUGCAUCCCCCGUCGUCGUCGACGCCCGCGCCGCCGCCGCCGCCCAGCGUCGCCGCCGCGUCGCUCGGAGGAGCGAGUCCGCCUCGUGGGACCUCUCCGACGUGCUCCGGGCGUCCGCGGGCCCCGCCCCGUCGCCGCACCCGUCGUUCAGCCCGUGCUCCCUGAACCACAACGGGUCGCACGGCGGCGGCCUCGCCGACGCCGGCGCCGAAGGCAUGGUGUCCAUCCCGACGGAGCUGUUCGAGGAGCUCGUGCGCCGCGCGGCCGAGACCACGAAGAAGGACUCGCAGGUGUCCGCGGCCCGCGAGGAGUUGCAGCGUGCCUACAUCACCAUGGCAUCCUCGAAGCGAGGGCCUCCUGCGGGCCUUCCUGGCGCCGGCGCCUCUAGCAGCUCUGGCGCCGGUUCCCGCGGCAAGGCCGCCGCCCCAGAAUACGCGGGCUCCGACGAGGACGAGCAGGACGAGCUCAACCAGCUGAGGCAAAAGUGUCUGCAGCUGGAGAUCUCGCUGCAGUCCCAGGCCAGGAACCAGAAGCGGCUGGAGUCCGAGCUCGCGCACCACCAGGUCGACCCGCGGCCCUCGGAGGACCUCGGAGGCGGAUCGGAGGACCUCAACAGGCCCGGGGCCAGGGCCACUCCGGCCCAGGCCUCGGAGCGCCAUGCGCGCCUGUCGGGCUGCAGCGUGCCCUCCCUCGCGGCUCUCGCGCUUCUCAUCCUGCACGGGAGCGUGAAGGGGGGCCUCGAGGGGGACAGGGCCAAGGCUCUGGACGCAGCGACGCGGCCCCUGGAGGAGCAGCGAGGAAAGGGCCAAGAAGGGGUGCAGCUCGGUCCGCCGUGGUUCAAUUGCCAAGGCUGGGGCGAGCUGGCCGAAGGCAUCGUGCCCAGGCUUCCGCGGCAGAGGAGGGCCGCCAACAUGGAUUGCAUUUGCUUCAACGGCGCGGGCGAGCAGCAGUUCGACAGGGAGUCUGCAGCGCAGUGGAAGAGCAGCCAGAGCGCGCAGGAUCAGAUCAAGAGCAGCAAGAGCAAGGGCAAGGGCAAGGGCGACAAGGGGGAGAAGGUUUGCUUCGCUGCCUCACUCGACAUGUGGUUGGUAUACUGGUGCCAGCUCCCCGACAUGGGCCCCGUAACCGGGAAAGGCCGCGGGAUAUGGGACUUCCCACCCAACGACUUCAAGGUGCCCUUGGUAUCCGUGAUGUCCUUCUUCAUGUUAUGGUCCCUGUUCUUCAUACUCGUGACCUUCUGCAUCGCCAUCUAUGCCGCUGCGGUGGCUUAA